AUGGCUGCUCUUUUCGCUGGCUUUCCUGAUACCGUUCCGGUGAGGACGGUGAACAGGCAAUGUUCGUCUGGACUUCAAGCGGUUGCUGACGUGGCUGCGUCUAUCAAGGCUGGAUAUUACAAGAUCGGCAUUGGUGCUGGGUUGGAAUCUAUGACGGUCAACCCCAUGGCCUGGGAAGGAAGCGUCAACCCAAAGGUUGAGAUGAACCAGAAGGCCCAGGACUGCCUUUUGCCUAUGGGGAUCACAUCAGAGAAUGUUGCUGAAAGAUUUGGAGUCAAUCGGAAGGAGCAAGACGAUGUUGCGGUGAUCGCCAUCCCUGCUGCUGUCAGUGCAGCCGGAUUGGAGGUUGACGACAUUGACCUGUUUGAGAUCAACGAGGCAUUCGCUUCCCAGUUCACCUAUUGUGCUCGCAAGCUCGAGCUUGAUGAGGAGAAGAUCAAUGUGAACGGUGGAGCGCUUGCUAUUGGUCAUCCCCUUGGAGCCACAGGAACCGGCAUGGGUGCAGCUGCUGUCUUAGAGCGUGGUGACUAUGUAUGCCCUCUUACCAAUGCCAAGCAUGUGUAA